GAGCUGUUCAACGCUAACUACGCUGAUCCCAAGAAGCUAGAACAGUCCAUGAAGGAACCUGAGCUACCCUUCCUGGGAAUAUUAUCAACCAGAUAUGCCGCGCCCUCCUUCCAGCGAUCGCUAUUUGACCCCAGCAGUUUCCAUAGCCAGAGCUAAAGAGGAGUCAAGCAGAGCGCAACCGGCCACCGAAUUUGAACCGCUUUUUGAACCGCCAGACUACUUGACAAUCACCUGGCUCGCUGGCGGAAUUCGAUCGUAUUCGGAGCCACACACAAAAGUCUCUGGAUUGAAGGGGACUUUUUUGGUCGGAGAAGGUUUUACAUUCGUUGUGUACAGGACUAGGCCCACAAAAAAUGGCGAGGUCUGGGCCAUCAAGCAGCCAAGGCUAUCUUUCGCAGUUCAUGGAGAUGAUGCUAGCGUUUUGCGCCAACUUUACUCACUUAGCUUGGAACUGAGAGUUCUCACUGAUCAACGCAUCCGGGCAAACAAGAAUAUUGCGAAGCUCCGCGACGUUAUUUGGAAUCCUCAUGCAGAUGAUUCUGGCCGCUAUUGGCCGCAGCUGCUAAUGGAGUACGCGGAAUUCGGGACGUUGUCGAGUUUUUACGACCUUGGAUACCACUCUUCCGACGUUGAAGAAGAAGUAGGCUGGUGCUUUGCGAUUGGAGACGCACUCAAAUGCCUCCACCAAUGCGGCAUUAUACAUGGCGAUAUCAAGCCCGAAAAUGUUCUAAUAUUCCGUUCAGAUUCAUGCCAGGAUAAACUAACCAUCACCCCUAAGCUAGCCGACUUUGGGUUCGCAGUUAUUGACGGGGAUAAUUCUUCGUAUAUUCCGGGUGGCACCUUUCCAUGGACCGCCCCCGAGAUCUCUGCGCCGAACCUAAGACCGGAUGAUUUGUAUAAAUGUGAUAUCUAUUCCUUUGGGCUUCUAGUAUGGUUCGUCUUCGGGGGAGGAAUAACCCCAUUUCUGGCUCUCGAUGUUUGCGAAUUCUCCCUCUACUCUCCGGAAGCGAGAAAAAUUAUCCAACUUCGAAAGCAAGAGGACGAGCUGCAUUCGCUUGCUGUCCGAUCACUCUCAGCUGAGAAGUUGGUCUACAAAGGCGCAUUUAAAUACACACUCAGUGCAGACCCCAAAGUAAGAGACCUCAGCAAAUGCCUUGAGUGCUUGAGGGGUUCUUCUCAAAUUGAGGGUGCUGAGGAGAAAGGUAUCCAAACCAAGACCGGCUCUGAAAUUGGGGAAAACAGAUUCAGCCUUCGAGAGAUGAGACAUCUUGGCUUUGGAAUACAAAAACAGAUAUUGAACAGUCUUGAGAAGGUCGCGUCGCUGGAAGGCAAGUACAGCGUGGUUCGGCGAUCAGAGGCUGCUAUGGUAGUCGCAAAAUCAUAUCUCGAUUAUUUUGGCGGGAAAACUCCAACGGAUAGUCUCAAAUGGCUGUUGCUGGCUGCGUUCCUAGGUAACAACCAGGCCAAAUCUUCAGUUUACCGCAUCACCAAAGCAGUCGGACAGUAUGAGCAAUAUAAGCAUGAAAUACUCAGAGUACUCAUUCGUACUGCUGAAGAGGGGUUUACCAUUUCCGUGGGUGAUCUCUUGGCAGAAUGCCCGGAUGAAGGGCAAAGAGUUCUGAGGAAUCUUCGUUUAGCUCUUGGUAUGCCAUUCCAGUUAAGUUUUGACAUUCCGCCAAAUGCUAACCAUUACCACCCUCAAGAGAUGCCCCUGCUUUCGAUUGAUGUUGAAGACGGCCCUUUGGAAAAUGAAGGAGGGAAAAACUCCAAUACUAUCUGGGAUGGGGUCGGAGAGAAUCUGCUUCACCAAGCCGCUCGUUCUGGUAGCGUGAAGAUAGUGAACUCUGCACUGAAACUAAUCUCUGGGAAUGCGUCCAUUGACGCCAAAAAUAACCUCGGCCAAACUGCACUACUCGUUGCUUUCAUGUACGGCAAUUAUUUAGCCGCAAUCACUCUUCUCGAAGCUGGAGCAAGUGGUUUAGAAGCAGACAAAAUGGGAGAUACACCACUCCACUGGCUGCAUCUGUUUCAGGGGAACGAGCUGAGGGCCCUAGCUACGGCCUUGUUUGAUCAAGGCGCCGACCCAAAUCCGGAGACGAGCUUUCAAGCGUGGGAUGCACACCACCAACAACUUAUCUCUGCUGGGACCCCUCUACAUCGCGCAGCAGCAUGGAAUGCGCACGAGGCUGUCACAGUCCUUCUCGAUCAUGGUGCUAAUCCCCUUCAUCCUGGAAAAGGACAUGAGACUGGUACGCCAUUAUGGGUUGCAUGUACAUACCACAACAGCAAAGUGGUGAAAACGAUGCUGGAACGAAUCGAGAAGACUCAAGAUACUCUCAGCAUUAUCGAAGACCACAAGAACAAGCUGUGGCCGCUAGUUAGCCCUGUCCUCGAUAUUGGGUACUACUACUCCGGCGGGGCGAACUUCGGACGAAUGGUAAGGCACACUACGAACUACCGCGAAGCCACCAAAGAAACUAUUCAGGCUUUGCUGGAGCACGGAAGCACUCUGUUGCUCCCAACCUCUGGAAAUCCUACUGUAACUGUGCCGGCCGUUUCUUUAGCAAUACAACUUCGAUGUAUUGAUAUCGUUGAAAGCAUCAUUGAUCUUCGUCCGGGAAUGAUCAAAGAGCCGGGACCACAGCAACAACAGCCACUGCAUUUCGCGGUACAAACCAAUCGAGAGGACAUAGUCCGGCUGGUGAUUUCUAAAGGUGCCGACUGCGAAGCACGAGGGACUGACGGGAUCAACAUCUUAGGCAGCUACUGCAAUCACCAUACAGCUAUUGCUAUCCCAAGGAUGCUAUUACAAGAGGGGCUUACGUUCGAGAUCCCACCAAAUGGAUUCCAGACUCCAUUUUUUGCGGCAGUAAAAAAUGAAGGACUUGAUCUGGCCCGGUUCGUACUUGAAAAUACACCACUCCAUAUGCGCCAUCGGAUGAUUAAUUCCUUCUGUCACAUCGGUACCAACUUCAAAUUUCCGGAACCAGGAAUGAACGUGCUAGGGUAUAUCAUACUAGCCCCCAGUAUUGAGUCAGCAGGUUACCUGAAGAAAUUAUUUAAACUGAUAGAAGAGUUCGGCGCACAGUUUGACUUUAUCGUGGAUGGGCAUUCAGAUCGCAGCGCAUUGCAGUUACUCGCAUGCUUCCAGCGUCACCAGAGGCUAAAUCCGAGUAUAAUUGGAAUGGCACGAGAAAUUCUGCUUCAUUACAAUUCGCAGGAGCAGAUAGAUUAUGCUGGAAGUACUGAUGGAAAGACAGCUUUGUGGUGGGCAGUUAGGACCAUGAACUAUGACUUGGUUUCUAGCCUAUUAGCCGUGAAAGCCAACCCACGCUUAUCAGAUAGAGACGGCAAAACUGCGCUAGCCCUUCUUCAAGAUCAAAUUGCUCAUGUCCAGGCCACAGAAAGUCACCAGAACCGAGGGGAUCAGAAUAUUUUAGAGGAGAUAUCCUCCCUCUUUGAUAUCUUUGCCAAAACUCUCGGAGACCAGAGCCAGUUAGACGAAGCAGCGCAGAUGGAGAGGGAAAUGCUGGAGGAGGAGAAGUAG